GGGCUUUGAGGAGGAUCACAGUGUGAUGCUGCUGGAGAAGUUCUCUACUGUCCAGGCAGCCCUGGCUUCUGCUGAAGCAACCAGAGUGUCUGGCCCCGCCUCCCCUCCCGACUACAGUGGGUCUCCCUGUCCUUCUCUGUGGGUGGGGAACAUCACCGUGGAUCUGACUGAGACACACAUACGGAACCUCUUCAAAACGUACGGGGAUAUCGAGAGUAUUCGUGUCCUGCAUGAGCGCUUCUGUGCUUUCGUCAACUUCCGCAACGCCAAUAUGGCUGCCAAGGCCUUGGACAAGCUGCAGGGUGUGGAGCUGGAGAACACCAGGCUGGUGAUCAGGUACCCAGACCGCUGGAUACCGAGGACUAACCCAGGCAUCAUCACCACGGCAACACACCCCCCCCCUCUCUCCACAGGACCCAGACGUCUGGCGCCGGUGAACGGAGACCAGUGCUUCUUCUGGAGGACUACCGGCUGUAUCCAUGGCGACAAGUGUCGCUACAAGCACAUCCCAGACCAACGAGGAAGAGACAAGAAACCAUGACAACCCCAGAACAUCAUCUACGGAAACUGUAGGAGACGAGGAGGAGGAGUGAAUGUGUGUGUGCGUGUGUGUGUGUGCGUGUGAGAGAGAAAGUUACAGGAAUCUCCUGUUAAUUGAUGGUGAUACUGAAUUGAACCACAUGAUGAAGAUCUGAACCAAACUGAAGCUAAAGUUAGCAGAAUUAAACUGAAUUUAAUUGGAAGCCGGACAGAUCUCUUAAUCUUAAUAAUAAAACACGUGGUCUUUUUGUAAAUGGCUCCCUAAAUGGUAUGUAAUAUUUGUAGUAAUAGUAAUUUAUCACAAUAUCCCAACAUUAUAUUUUUGAAAAAAAGUAUUCAACAUAACACAUGAACAUUAAACACAGAAUAAAUUAAUAUAAAAAGUACUAUGAAAUAACUGUGCAUGCAAUGUUGAUGAUGCUGGUGACAUAAUGACCGGAGUGUUCAGCUCACGCAUGGCAGCGAGGCGAGGCUGCAGUACCUCAGCCAGCCACUAGAGACAACAGCACUCUCUGUUAAAGACCCGAUGAAGCCUAGAAACAUGUAUUUAAUAAAACACGGUUUUUACA